GAACUGCACCCACGUGUCAUGUUGUGUUGUGAGAGGCUGGGAAUUUAACACUUCUACCUUCUUCUGGACAGUUGUUGAAUUUUUAGUCUACUUGACACACCGACACCCUCCUCCCCAACAUGUCCGGGGACAGCAGCGUGUCCUCGGCGGAGGUGGUUCUGGGUUUCCUGGAGGAGGCGGAGUCGUGGCGGCUGCUGUCCCCACAGUUCCCCAGUAAGGUCGGGGGGAAACCGGCGUGGCUCAGCCAGAGAGGCCUGCCCUCACUGUCCGGGCUGGAGUGUGAGAUAUGCCGUCUGCCUAUGGCCUUCCUGCUGCAGGUGUACGCACCCAUUUCUGGUCAGGACAGAAGUUUCCACAGGACGCUCUUUCUGUUCUGCUGCAGAACUCACGAGUGUUACGCAGCCAACGACAGUCGCUGUAUGAAAGUUUUCAGAAGCCAGCUACAGAGGAGGAAUGAGUUCUACCCCUACGACCCUCCACCAGAGGAUGAACCCCCCAGCGGUCCUGAACCGGACCAGAGUGUGUUGUCCGUAUCUGGAGUUAAACUAUGCUGGGUGUGUGGUUGCCCCGGCAACAAAGCCUGCUCCCGCUGUCACAGCGUAACCUACUGUGGAAAACACCACCAGACCCUCCACUGGAAACACACACACAAGAGGGAGUGUGGCAGCCAAGAAGCACCAACUGUCACAACCUCGACCUUCCUCUUCCCUGAGUCUGAGCUGGUCACUGAACCUGAGGAGGAGGAAGAGAAGAAGGAGGAAGACACAAAGGAGGCUGAAGAAGAAGAGGAGGAGGAGAGGAGUGCAGAUUGUCCCUCCCUAGCAGACACUCUGGCAGAGACGGACCUGGAGGAGAUGGCUAUGCACGAGAGCGAAGACAACAAAGUGUUCCAGCGGUUUAAAAAGAGGAUCGCACCAGAGCCUCACCAGGUGGUGCGUUAUAGUCGAGGCGGCUCCCCCUUGUGGGUCUCCUCUCAGCACAUCCCUUCAGAUGAGGAUAUCCCACCAUGCACCUGUGGCGCCAAGAGGAUUUUUGAGUUUCAGGUGAUGCCGCAGCUGUUAAACAGCCUGUGUGUGGACUCGACAGGAGCCAGUAUCGACUGGGGGACCCUGGCGGUCUACACGUGCUCUGCCAGCUGUAACCAUGACGACGAGUACCGCCUCGAGUUCAUUUGGAAACAGGACUUCAGCUCAGAUCAACACGCACAGAUGAAACCUACGUAACAUCUGACACACUGACACCUGUGAAAGCUCAGACUGGUGUUUUACUCUGUCUGAUGUGACUGCCCACUUGGUGGACUGAACACGUGCUGCUGCUCUUGUAACUGAUUAAACACGGAUAAAAUUAAAAACCUGUGUGAAGUCCAGCUGACAGAGAGGUCAAACUCCUCCCAUCAAAACCAUCAAGGACAAUGAAGAUGUUUUUUAAGGGUCAAGAUUAAUUGUUCUGUUAUUUCAGACAAUCAAACAGGAAUUCUGGUUUCUUGCCACAUCCAAACCUUUUCUAUUAUACUUUUAGAUUCUGGCUGUCAAGAGCAAUUAAUCUCUGUUAUUUUUAACUUACAGAAAGGUAACAAAUUAAAGGAGAAACCAACAUGAUGUGUCUUCAUGUGGAGUCAGGCCACCACAAGCCUCCAGAAAAGUCUGUGGAACUGUGUUUGAGAGAUGAACACCAUCCCUCCUCAGAUAUUCCCUCCAGGGUUCCCAUGGUCAUAGAAAACCUGGAAAAGUAAUGGAAUUUCACAGUCACAUUUUCCAGGCCUCGAAACGUCAUGGAAUUAGUAAAAAUCGUUGAAAGUCUUGUAAUUUUGUAGUGUGUAAUGAAGAUGUUACAGUAAUCUUCUGUGGAUAAGCUGUUGACAUAAUGUCACUCUAACAUAUGGUGAUGUGUGAUGUUUUGUUUACCAUUAUCAUUUAUUUAAUCCAAAAUUCCCCGUAGGUGU